AAGUUGGCACCAACUUUGAUGGGCAUAAUCACUUGCUGAAAUUUUUCUGAAUUCUUUGGACUCCUUACGGUUGCAAAGUUUCACUCUGAACUCCCUGAAUGAACUCUUCUGAAUAGCCGGCUCCUUGGUUUCCUGGAUUUACUAUCUUUGCGGGGAAAGUUGUCAUUGUGAUCCCUUUUCUCUGCUGUGGAAGAUGGGUCUUCAAGAUCCACGUUUACGUUAACAACUGCAGGAGAUGUCCAGGACUGAAAUCAAUUUAACGAAGGUAGACAGGUCUGAAGACUCUCGAGAACAGCUGAACUAAUAAUUCUGGGCUAGAGAUCACUUCUCCUAGAAGCCGAGCAUCCUCUCCUCUGUUUGGUGACACGGGAACAGACAAUUAUGAAUCCGAAAGACCCAUUGAAAGAGACAGAGGGAAGCACUGUUCCAUUAUGCUUGGCCUGUGGCCAAACGCACCUUCCAGAAGAAAACCAUAUAUACACCUACACAGAAGAUGUAGAUGAUGACCUAAUCUGCCAUAUUUGCCUGCAGCCUUUGCUGCAGCCUCUGGAUACACCUUGUGGACACACCUAUUGUACAGUCUGCCUUACAGAUUUCUUGGUGGAAAAAGACUUCUGUCCCAUGGACCGCAAAGCUCUAGCUCUACAAAGGUGCAGGAAGUCAAGCAUCCUAGUGAAUAAGCUACUGGAUAAGCUAAUGGUGAACUGUCCUUUCACGGAACACUGUUCGGAAAUUCUACAGCGCUGUAACCUUGAACAUCAUUUUCAGAACGGGUGCAGAGGGGCAUCUCAUUAUGGCUUCACCAAGGAGAGGAAGAGAUGUUCCCUAGCUGGAUCUGCUGAUUUGAAUGCUGCUUUAACGGUAUCUGCCCUUGGAUCUGAGUUCUCCGCUGCUGCCACAAUUGCCUUAAUGACCGAUGAACCAGGGCUAAUUAAUCCUGCCUUCAAUGCCAACUUUGAGGACAUCCCGUCAGGAGCCAACUCCACCAAUCUUUAUACAAGCCAGCAACCUAGAAUCACAACUUCACGCUUUGAGCGUUCUACAGUACGAAGCAGAUCUUUUAAAAAGAUAAACAGAGCUCUCAAUGUCCUUCGAAGGACAAAAAGCGGCAGUGCUGUGGCUAACCGUGCUGAACGGGAACGAGAAAACGUUGAAAAUCUGAUUGCUUCAGAGGCAGCCGCUCCAAGGUUAUAUCAUCUCAUUCCAGAUGGUGAAAUCGCCAGCAUUAAGGUCAACCGCAGGAACCCCCACGAAGCUCUUGCCAUUAGAGUAGUGGGGGGCAGCGAAACGCCUUUGAUUCACGUCAUCAUUCAACACAUUUAUCGAGACGGCAUCAUUUUCAAAGAUGGAAGGCUACUGCCGGGAGAUAUGAUCCUGAAGGUCAACGGCAUAGAUAUCAGAAACGUACCCCACAGCUAUGCCUUGUUCGUCCUGAGUCAACCUUGUCAAGUCCUCCGUCUCACUGUGCUCAGGGAGCAAAGGUACCAGUGUGGGAAUUCUGGACUUUACCCUGAUGUUCCCUGCCACAGGGAUGAGAAUUUGCACAUUGUUCUGAACAAAAGUAACCCAGAGCAACAGCUGGGCAUCAAGUUGAUCAGUAAAGCCAACGAGGAGGGAGUCUUUGUGUUCAAAAUGCUGGAAGGAGGCCUAGCUGCCCGUGACGGGGAACUUCGAGAGGACGAUAAGGUUUUAGCCAUUAACGGGCACGACUUACAGCACGGAAGUCCAGAAAGCGCAGCCCAAUUAAUACAAGCUAGCAAGAAGCAGGUUCACCUCAGCAUUUCCAGGCAAACCAGGCGACAGACCCCGGAUAUCUUGCAGGAAACUGGCUGGGAUUGCCACGGUAACCACCUGCCCUUCCUUGCUGACAAGAGUGCCCUUCGUGCAGUUACCUGUCACAAAAAAGUGGUCAUUGUCCGAAAAGAUAAUGCAGAGUCCCUGGGCAUGACGGUGGCAGGAGGUCUAUCUUCACACAGAGAAUGGAAUCUACCUAUUUAUGUCUUAAGUGUCGAACCGGGCGGAGUCAUCAGCAGAGACGGCCGAAUAAAAACAGGUGAUAUCCUGCUCAGCGUGAAUGGAAUUGAUCUGACAGGUGUCAGCCGCGGAGAGGCGGUAGCCCAUUUGAAAAAUGUCUCCUCGUCGGUUGUGUUCAAAGCACUAGAAUUGAAAGUGUGCGAGACCACAGGAGGAGAAAAUGGGGACUUGCUGCCCGAUGCCAAUUUGAGACCCUCCGGUCAGAGGGAGUGGUCUCCUUCUUGGGUGAUGUGGCUGGAAUUACCAAGGUCUUUGUACAGCUAUAAAGAAAUUGUGUUGCGAAGAAAUACAGCAGGAAGUCUUGGCUUCAGUAUAGUGGGAGGUUAUGAAGAAAACAGUGGAAACAGACCGUUCUUUAUCAAAUCCAUUGUGGAAGGGACUCCAGCAUAUAAUGAUGGAAGAAUCAGGUGUGGUGACAUCCUCCUUGCAGUAAACGGCAGGAAUAUCUCAGGAAUGGCGCAUGCCUCUUUGGCAAGGAUGCUAAAAGAACUGAAGGGGAAACUUACUCUCACUAUUGUAUCCUGGCCUGGCACCUUUUUAUAAAUCUGUGAAACAAAUAAAUCCGUGUACUUUUUUUUUGGUAGCAAAGUAUCGAUGUGCAUUAUGUAAGUAGAAGUGUCUUAAAAUGCUCCAUAGUACAUGUUUGGGGGAGAAAACACAUGCUCUCUUUAAAACUAUGGAAAGCUACUGGUAUCAAUCAAGGUACACAACUUAUUGUGAAUAUGUUUCAACCUGGUGUUUUUAUAACUGUUUCACCUGCUCUUUAGAUAAAGAAGGAAACAACUUUACCUAAUUUGAAAGUGAUUUCAGAAACAGAAACAGUUUUCUAAUGAUUACGCUUGACAGCAUCUAUGCAAGACGUAGAAGGCUGGCUGAUGAAUCUAUUAAUUUCCCUUUUUGUGCUCAGUAAAAGCAGUCUUUUUUUAAGACAUUUUUUUUUCUUUCCAAUAUAUUAUAAUCGUGUAUUUUAUUUCUACUAUUAAAUUAAUUGUAAUUUGUAAAGCCAGAUUAAUUUAAUUAAAAAAGAGGACAAAAAUA